UCAAAAGUCCGCACAGUGCCGUGUUGACGAGCCCCUUUUCCCACGCGCGUGUCGCGCGCGUGUCAUCCUGAACCGUGAAACCAUGAUGUUUAUGACCCUCUUCACCGCCCUUGCGGCUGUCUUCAUGUACUACCUGCAGCCUCUCUUCUUUCCUGGGGAGCCCACCAGUGAUUUCAAGGUGCUACAGCCUGACGAUGCACCAGUUUUGAUGGAGUACUUGAAGAAGUACGAGAAGGAUCUGGGAGAGGAUUUCUUGGCGUACAGGAAUCACUGCUUACGAGUGAUGUCUUUUACAAGCUAUUUUCUAGGCAAGGAGCCUGAGUCAGGUGCCAAGAAGGUCUUGCAGGCAGCCUUAGCUUACCACGAUUUGGGCCUGUGGAGUGACCUGAAGGCCAGUUAUUUGGGACCCAGUGCUGAGAGGGCUCGAAGAGAUCUCAGUGACAGCUAUACUGAGGCAGAAUUGAAACAGAUUGAAGACAUCAUCAUGAACCACCACAAGUACACUGCGUCACCAGAUCCCUUAGUGGAUGCCAUGCGCAAGGCAGACUGGUUGGACUUCACGAAUAACCUGCGUUUCCCCAUGCGCUCUGGAAUGCCCAGCGGCAAUUUGGCCAAGGCCAACCAGGAAGUGCCUUUGGCAGGCUUCUUCACAGCUUUAGCGAAGCGACCCUUCGCUAUCCGACCGGACAAUCCACUGAAAGCAAGUGCCAUGGUCGUUGUGAUCGACGGGUAAAACCACGGCUGAAUGCUGAGAAUUUGGACACCUAAAAAGGUGGGUAAAAGAACAACCCUAGAUGAUCCUAG